GGGAGAAGUCUGAAAGGAGGAGGAGGUGGUGGAGGUCAUGGUGGUGGUGGUGGUGGAGGACAUGGUGGUGGCGGUGGAGGACGAGGUGGAAGCGGCAGUGGUAGUAGAGGUUUUAGUGGUGGAAAGGGAGGCUAUGGUGGAAAAGGAGGCUAUGGAGGUAGAUAUGAAGGCCCUGGAUAUGGAAACACUAUAGGAGCAACUCGUGGAUAUUAUGGAACGCCUUAUUAUGGAAGAUACGGACCAUACUAUUACCCAGUAUAUUACCCGUACGGUGGGUAUUAUGUUGGAGAUAGUACUCCGAGCAGUAAUGAUGAUUGUGGUUGCUGUUGUACAAAACAUACUGUGACUGUUGUUUUGACAAUGAUGCUUGCAUUUACAGCAAUGAGUCCUGGAACUCAAAUGGGAUGUCGACUUUAUCCCGAUCUUGGUAUUUAUUCUCUUCCAAAUUGCGUGGUAGACACAAGUUCAAACUCGACUGGACCACCACUGUACAAUUGUAAAUUCUCUGCAGCAUAUAGAGUCCAUUCUAAAGCAUUUCAUAAACAAAUGAAGAAGGGUCCAUUCCAACUUUUAUGUCCUAUUGGGAAGGAUGGAGGAACUGAAGUCUUGGCAGAAUCCAAUGCAACUUGUAAUGUUGAUGAGAAGCGUUUAUGUCAUCUUAUGUUCAACAAAACGAAUGGAGGAAAAAACUAAAAAAAUUUUUGUU